GUGAAAACGAUCGUUGGCCAAAGAAAGAAGAGAAAAAUAAAAAUGAACGCGGGAUCACACUUGAAUAAAACCAUCGACUCGGGAGCGAGAGAGAAAAAAGCUAACCCUCACCCCUUUUCAAGCUCCCGCGGAGCUCCCCUAAAAGAACCGACGAAACUGGCCGGGAAAUAGCGAGGCUAAAAAUAUCGUCGUUCGUUCGAGCGACUCGCCGAUCUUUGUUCGAAAGCCGUUCUCGAGCUGAAAGCGUAUAAAUACGGUUCAAGAGCGAAAUUCUAAAAAGAGUGGCGCAUGCAAGCGCCAUAAUGCGUCGUCGACGCGUUCCGUACGCGCUCUCGAGCUCGCGUUCUCCGAACUCGCGAAUUGCCUUCUUCGAUGCGUCGCAUCGCGCCGAACGCUUCUCUCUUCCGUUUCCAGCUGAACGAAACGUCCCUUGCAAUUAUGAUCGACUAAAUCGUGGAAGGAAUAAUGAAAUUUUUAUUUUUCUCGCGCGACUGCAGCGUCAACUACCGAGAGGAAUUCUCGGAACGUUCGCGGAACGGAAAAAGGAAUGCUGUAGCAGCGUUCUCGAGCUACGAAGAGAAAAGGAGAGACGAGGAAAGAGGAAACUCGUUUAACGACCGUGCCGGUACGGCGCGGCGUGGCGCGGUGCGGCGAGCUGAUACACGAACGACACGAAAUACGUCUGCAACGAGAUGCAAAUUACGGACUUACGAAGUAUUGUUACGGACGCGCGACGGGCUGCGCUGCAAAUAAUAAGUCGAGCAACAGUCGCGUUGUCUACCGGCAAGAGUAUACGAGCAGCGAACGUUUCUUCGAAUUCGCGUUGAAUUUCGGUUAAACGAAAGGAGAAGGCCAACGCGGCCAGAGCAGAAGCCUUGAAAUAUUAGACGGAAUGCGAGUAUCGCGAAACGGAUUUAAUCUCGCGCGUUUCGUCUUCUCUCGCUUCGGCUUGUCGGUCCAAAGCGGUCCAGCCAAAUGCUCGUCCACUUUUCGAAAUUACCGAGAUGAUGCGUCUCGACGUGGACCGCUCGCGAACGGGGCUUUAGCGCGUUUCGGAAACGGCGCUGCGUACACGGGAACCUUCUGACGCGGUCUUCUUUCGCGCACACCGCAACUCCCAUCCGCCGCGUUCUCUCGCCCCUCGACUUCAGCUGGUCCCUAUGGCAACGCACUUAAGCUCGCUUUAGUAUUUCAGCCUCUGGGAGAGGGUUCCCCUAUGCUGAUCUCCCUCUCGGCAAACUCUUGUCUCUCUUUCACUCGGUUCUCCCUGUUCUCUCUGUCUUGCUCGAGUUUCCCCUGACCAAGCCCUCCACGACGGCCAACUAUUGUCCGAGCUGCAUCGCACUGGGCCAACUUGCUCUUACCGCUUUGGUCGCUGCUCGUUCUCUUCCUCUCCUUCCCUUUCGAUUUAACUCGCUCACCUGUUUUCUUUCUUCUCCUCCUCUCCUCUCCUCUCCGCUGCCGCUGUAAAGCUCCAUCUCGGGGUCCCUUGGCUCUCGCUCCGAAAGGAUUUAACCCGAGUAUCUCUAAACGUCGCGACACGAAACGCGCUCUGUCUUUCCUCUCGGUCUCUUUUUCUCCUAGGCUCCAUAGCCUUCGUUUUGUUCCACGGUACGCUGCUCGUUUUCGCGUUUCGCUCUAAACGCGAUAAUAAGCGUUCUUGGAUACCCUUUUAUGCUUGUCUACGCCCGUCGAGGACACACCUUCGUAAUGUUCUUAACAGCUUUGAACCGAGUUUCGCCAGUUUCUUUCCUUCUCUGACUGCUCCCAGACGCUGUAGGUACGCUUGUACUUUGGUAUCGUUCGACACGCGUUUCUUGCUUCUCUCGGGAUUCGACUAAUGCUCCGCUUUGCGCGAUUUCCGUACCCUUUGUUCGCCGACGAAACACGGGGAACGAAGAAUUGAACGGCAAGAAAUCCUCGAAUCGGUUGCGCGAUCUCGCGCCGACGGGGGGAAUGGUUGCUCGUUCGCUAGGAAAAUUCGCCGAUGGCGAUAAAGCAUGCGAGAAAUUCGCAACGCGGUAGAUAAAUUACAUCGGUGUGCCGAUGAGACCGUCGAAGAUGAAGUUUGCGAGGAAAACGAAUAGCGCUCGAACGAAAGUUUUACGGCUGAAUUCUCGACCGUGACGUUUCGCGAUACACGAGAUACGCGAUCGAGAUUCGCCGCGUUACACCUAAAUAACAACUCGAACGUAUCUGCGACGAAUAACGAUCGCGUCAACGCGUUGUUCGGUGAACGAAGCGAUUGUCUUUUUUCUCUUGGCCGAAUCCGUACGUUGUCCAUCGACGGUCGUGGAGUUUGGUCUUCUCGCCUCGGCGUGGAAAAUCGAUACGCGAUAACAAGGUGGCGAAACGCAGCCGAUAAGGAUGAUAUUUAUUGCUCUCCUUAAUAUACAUCUCUCGUGCUAGAACGAACAAAAAGACCCGUGGAGUCUGCCUUAAUGAGCACCCUGGAGUUUAUUACCUGCCGCUUAACGGGGAUUAAGACAGCUUUAAAAAGGAUAGCGCCCCACGGCGAACCACCCGAACGCUGUAAAACACUCGGUCGUCUCUGGAUAACGGUAAACGCUGGUAGCAGAGAUAAAUCACCCUCGAACGUGUUGCCGUUCAUUUGAUCGCUCGAUACAUCCCCUUCGAAGGUUCGAAGCUUCCAAGUUAUCACGGCCCAGUGUUACAAGCAGAAAUUAUGAUUGGCCGUAAACGUCUUCGUCGAUGCUCGGAAUCGAAGAAAAGCCGAGUAAUCUUGCCAGGCGAUCGAACUCGUACGCCGUAUCCCCGUAUGCAGUAUCCGAUAUCGAAUAGUCUCGUGACGCGAAAACAGAGGACACGACGUUGCUACUUUAGCAGGAGAUGCUGCGAUAAUAAAUAUGCCGUGCGCCGGCGGCCAUAAAUCCCGUGUAAUUGAAUUUUCAACAUCCAUAACUGGUCGUCGCCGGUGCGACCUCAGGAAAUUGGAUGGGAUGUAUCUUAAACCGAGUGGGAUCGUUCCUUUCCAUUCUCGAAACGACGCAAUCCCUUCCGAGCCCUCUUCGAUUAAAACGCUCUGCCUGCUUCCUUCGUCGUUCUCUUUGUUCCUCUUUUUUCCUCCUGCUCCGAUUCUUCGAUGUUCGCGGACUGGAACAAGUUUUAAUUCGCCACCCAAAUCGAUUCUUUUGCCUUCCACGCUCGCGCCCGCUUUCGUUCGCUCUUUCUCCGCUUCCGCCUUAUCUGUCCCCGUAACUCCGCCCUUUCCAUUCCUCGCGCUCGCUCGCUAACCAACGUUUUCUUUCUUCGAUUCUGGAAAAGCGAAGAGUUCCUUUGACGGGAACAUCUAAUCAAGAAUUUCUUCGAACCCUGAACCCUCGUCCUGCCAAACUGUACUCGCUUUCUUCUCAACUUUCUCGCUCCUCUCCGCCUCCUUUCUUCGCUUUUCCGUGGUAUAGCCGGAGGAAUCGUGGAAAACUUUGAUUGUGCGAUGGCCAUGCACUCCGAGCGGACGAAAAAAGGAAAGAAAGAAAACGCUGGGGAGCAGUAAGCGGAGUUUUGAUCGAUCGAGAGUUCGAUUUUCGAUGCGUCGCGCGUGUAUCGCGUCGUGGAUCGACCUCGAUUCCACGCCGGACAGUCGACCCGCGAUAAUAACGGAGAAACGGUUGCUUCGAUUAUCGUCGAGAGGUAAAAUGUGGAAUAUUCAACGCUGGACGCGUCGCAUCCGCGAAAUCCGGAAAAUCCGCGAGUGGAUCACGAGAAAGGAGCGUGGCUUCGAACGAGACUCGCUAACGCAAGAGAUCGUGGAGAGCCGUGAUGUCAGAGAUUACGAUAAGCCCUCCCAACGGUGAGAAACAAAUGACGUACUAACUGCAUAUUAACUGAACUGCCGGGCUAUCCGUUGACUCCGCCUACUAUCCUGGGAGCCACGCGAGAGUAUACUCUCUGCAUGUACGUACACGAUCCGCCAACAUCGUAAGCAUUCGGACUAAACUUUCGCCGGUACAUUUUACACCCGCGUAAUCGUUCCUUGGCUCUCUCUCGAUUAAUCGGGGUCCACGCGGGCGACGAAAACUACCUGUCGGUUAAAAACUGCUCGAAUCGAGGAUGCUCGAGUUCUUAAACCAAGUUCGAAUUUCCUUGUUUCGUCAAACAAGAUCUUUCAUGUAAAGUUUUUGCAUGCUUGCUUUUUAAAAUCAUGGGAUAAUCGUGGGAAGAAGCCCGUAGCAACGAAACGCAUCUCCACGGAUUUCUAAAAUCAUGCAUGUAAAGAGGAAGCGCGUGUGCGAUGUAAAUCUGCGCGGAGCAACGACUUUUCAUGGCGCGUUUCGCUGGUGCAAGAUAUCACCUUUCAGAGAACCUUUAGGAUGAAGAUUCCAGGGGAGUUAAGGAGAUCGGGAUAACGAGAAUGUAACGAGAUCCUCUCAAUUUCACGUAACAAGCACUCGCGCGAACUACGUCUCUUUCUUUUCUUCUCCGUACGUUGCACCGGCUAGAAAAUUCGCGCAUCGUACGAAAACAUCCGUUUUAACUUUCAUACGACUCUUCUUCGUUAAUUAGAAAAGAUAAAUUAUUCGGAAUAAUGUUUUCCGCGUGCUCCGCUAUGUACGUUUUGAUUUAAAAAGAGGUAACAUAGAAAAGUUUCGCUUUAAAUCGUGUGGAUAUUCGCGCAUUAACUCUCUGGGUCUGCGCAUGCGCGAGGUAUUUGCACAGCUUGUACCGCGCAGACAGUUGAGACAGUUCCAAGAUGGCCGCCCGACGCGCAGACGCGUCUCGGAGUGAAAUCGGUUUUCGCGAUCGUGUUUGCAAUAAAAAUCGAUAUUCGCGAGUGUAUUUGCAAUAAAAAUCGAUAUUCGUGAGUGUAUUCGUUGCAUAAUCGGAACGCUGAUACGCGAGAAUAAAGAGUGAAACGAAAAAUAUGUGUGCAAAUGUGGUAGCGGAAAGUGCGGAAAUCUGGAAAAGCAACAUGGCGCCCAACAGGGACGCGUCGCAAUAAAGGUGCAAGGAACGCUCUCCAAUGGGGAUGCACGAGGUCCGAGUGUUCCGGCGGUACGUUCCAUCCCAGGAACCGUUCUCGCAUCGACGGAACAUGCCUGCUUGGUUGUUCCUGACCGUUCUGGUGCCUGAUAAGUAGAGGAGACCGAAACGGGAGCGGCGGAAAGCGAUAGGCGGAAGCAAAUUGAACGACGCUGGACGAAUCAAGGCAGACGUUGUCGACGGUUUCGAGGCUCGAUCGCCGAGGAAGCCAACCCGACGAUGGAUCUCGCUCUAGUUCUGAUCACCGUGCUUCUCGGACAAGAGGUCGCCGGUCUACAGCUGCUUCGCAUAAACGUUCCAGCGUACUCCCUGAGGGGCAAGAGCGCACUCCUCGAGUGCAGAUACGACCUACAAGGGGACAAGCUUUACUCCAUCACGUGGUACAAGGAUCACGAGGAAUUCUACAGAUACGUGCCUAGAGGGGAACCCACGAAGCACAGCUAUCGCGUCGAGGGCGUUAAAGUUGACCAUCGUCGGUCGGACCAUCAGCAGGUUUUGCUGCAGAACGUGAGCUUGCAUAGCAGCGGACAGUACAAGUGCGAGGUGAGCGCCGAGGCUCCGAGCUUCAACUCGGUCAGCGCCGAAGCCCACAUGGAAGUCGUAGGUGAAGCCCGACACGGAAAUGGAGUUCGAGCUGCACGGACUCUACUCGGUGAUAUCCAGUUUACGACUCGAGUUGGAACCGAAUCACAUCGCCGGCGACAAAAUAAACGUAAGAUGAAACUGCACGAGAAAAAGGAGUCCGGUAUACACAGGGUGCAGGAGAUUCCGCUGGAAGAAUUGGAUCUGUCGAAGGAGUACGACGUGGAGAAAACUCUUGGCGAAGGGAGUUUCGCUAAGGUUUUAUUGGCGACGCAUAGGGCGACACGGACGAGAGUCGUGUUGAAAGCCGUCCACCAAGAAUUGACCACGGAGAAGGACUUUUUCCGCGAGUUCCACUACUCGUACCAUUUGAGCCCUCACCCGAACAUUCUGUGCUCGUACGCGGUCGCGUUCAAAGCGGACAAGUGUUUCGUUUUCGCGCAGGAAUACGCCCCGUACGGAGAUCUCGCCGCCAACGUGAAAGCCGGAGGCCUGAGCGAGGAAGCGUGCAAGAGGAUCGCCGGUCAACUCUGCUCCGCUCUCGAUUUCAUUCACUCGAAGCAACUGGCGCAUCGCGACAUCAAAUUAGAGAACGUGUUGGUGUUCGCUUUAGACAUGUCGAAGAUCAAGCUGUGCGAUUUCGGUUGCACGAGACGCGAGGGGACGCUUGUCAACAAAAUUCGAUGCACCUGGCUGCCGUUUCAGCCGCCCGAGAUCUACGACAUCGUGAAGAAUGAGAGGUAUGCGUGCAAGAGGAGCGCCGAUUGCUGGCAAUUCGGCAUCGUGCUGUUCGUCUGUCUGACGGGAAACCCACCCUGGCAGAGCGCCGAUCUGAUCCAGGACCCCGAGUACUCGGCCUUUCAAAGGUGGCUGAAGAGAAGAACCACCAAGAUUCCGCCCACUUUCAGACGCUUCACGCCACGGUUACUGCGUUACUUUAGGCGAACCUUCGAACACAAACCUGAGAAAAGGCCGCACGUAACCGAGAUCAACAAGUAUCUAAAAGACUCUUGGUGCGUGAACAAAAUCAGUCACAGCGCUACGUCGACGUCGGUGGACGCCAGCGAGACGAUCGCGAGGAAAGGCGAUAGUUUGUUGUACCUCGACACGAUCAUGGACGAUCAACGAAACGUCGACGAGAACAAGAACAAACUGAGGAAGCUUCUGAACAGUUACGGCCUCGAGACCACGAUCGAUCAAAAAGUGGUUACCAAAAGGAUCUGGGAAUGGGUGAUGCAAUGCGAUUCGAAUAUCGCCGAACCAGCUUUCGUCGGUAGCCUCGGCACGGAGAGCAUGUGAGAGAUGGCGAAAGCUUCUAGCGAACCUUGCCUCAGAAGCGAUCGCCAGGAACGGAAAUACAGUUUCGGUGGUUUCGACGGAUCCCACGAUGGACACUCACCGACCAUGGUGCAACGUGCCAAACCAACCUUCGAAAGAACUCGUCUGUUUCGAGACUAGAACACCCUAGUGUCUUUCUUUGCCGAGUUUUGAAAGAUUACUGAACAUGGACGCGAAAACGUGUGAUAACUCUUCAUUCGGUAUCCUUUCCCCUCCUUCGCAUCGUUACUCGUUCGCCUGUAUCCUUACACUCCCUCCUCUUCCUUUUCCACCUCCUUAUUCUCCUGCAUCAGUUUUCUCUACAAGCGGACCAAUUAUCGAUGAAUCUAUCGGGAUGUACAUAUGUGCGUAUACGCGUACAUACGCGCGCCCACGUGCUCCCCUACACAUGUAUGUACAUAAUAUUUACGUACGACAUCUUUCGUACACUUCCUGUCGCGCGAAACGACUUCGAAACGAGAAUUGCCGAAAGGUUGCGCGCCAUAGCCAAAUUUGCAGGCUAUUCUAUUUCAUUUUUUCCAGUAUAAAGAAUACGAAACGAAUGUGAUAAAAACUCGUUAAGACUGCGGCGAAUGCGAGCGUAACUGCGAUCGGUGUUUUCGGUGUCGACUAUAGAGACAAUAAUGACUGCGGAUUUCCUAGUAAUUUAUUACGUUACGAUAAUUAACAUAGUCUAACGAACGAUAAUCGGUAGAAGUCACUGUACGAGGCCUUGCGUAAGAUCGUUUAACCGGGAAAAAAAUUGGAAAGGAAAUGAGAAAACGAACUCUGGUUCGUUUAAGCUGUAAUGGUCAAGAAUUUCUGGAAAUCUUCGAAGACAGGUCAGCGACACGUAUAGCGUUACUAAAUAAUAGAGUGCAUUCGUACACAUAGCGCGCAUAUAUUCUUCUAGCAAUUUAUCGGUAGAAGGAGUGAAUAUAGAAAAAAAAAACACAAAAGGAUCGGUGACAGUUUGGUAGAGCUCUCUUCCUACGAAACGCGCGUAGCACACGAUUCUUUCCUCGCAUCUGCGACAAGUGUCGAAGGAUAACAGGAAAGAAAUGCGUGACAAAAUUGACGCGUUAGGCCUCCGUUAACGCGAAGCAAUGUUUUCUAUAUAAAAACAUUAUCGAAAUAAACGUAUUAAAAAUGAACAUGUGUAACGUAUACACCUGUGAUACGAAAUAAUUUCUUUUAAGCUGGAUCCCUCUUCCUACCAUUUUUAGUUCGUUUUAUAUUAUCAAAAUUUUCGAAGCGAAAACGGAACAGAAUAUUUGCUACCUGGUUAACAGAAUUUGAAAGAAAAAAGGUAACUCUUCGCGAGCUUUGUUCUGCAAACUUCCAGCGAACUAGCACGCGAAACAUUUACUUUCUAUCCUUGGACUGUUAAACGUAAAAGAGAGCAACUAAGAGGGUCAUCAGUGAACACUCGACCUCUGACCUUUCCCUUUUUUCCGAAUCCGUGACUCGUAUCGCGAACGUGCCACUUGUUCAAUUUGACACACCCUUGACCUACGAAACAUCGUACGUUUCAUUUUUUUCUGCUUUUCAAUCCGUCGUAUUAACUGACUAUUUAUUCAAACCUCCAAUUAAACUGUGCUAAAUUUUAUCGAACCUUUUCCAAAAAGAGGAAAUAUAAAAAGGAAUAAUAAACAACGAGCUGAAAAAACACGUGCAUCGCGUUCGAAUUUCUUUGAACCUAUUUGUAGCUGGUGGUAAAAAUCAAGCUGAGAUCGCAUAAUUUAUUACGUGAAACAGAAACGUACGAUUCGUGGAAACGCUAGUGAUCGUAUAUCGAAUAAGACGAACUUCAAUUUCCGUGGAAAACAAUGAAUUUUCUAUAUAGCAGUACGCGCGCACUAUUGACGUGCACAGGAUACAGGGAAAAGCGGAAUAAGAAACGUCAAACAGUGGCAACGUGUAUCCGGCUUUCAUCGUGUCUGGAUACAAUGUAUAUUUUCGGCUUGCGUGUUUCUAUUUUCAUACGUCCCACGGUUAUUCUUGAUCUUCGACUUCGACAAGCUUUUUCUUUCGACGCGCGAAUAUACCUGUUUCGCGUCACGUAUACAAAAAGACCGGUUUCUUCAGCACGUUCGACGACACUGUUAAAAAUGAAACCGAAGACUAAUACAAGGGCUAGAACGACGAUAGUUACGAGACCGUGAAUUUUCGAACAGACAGGAAGGGAAAGAAAGUCCAAGGGAACGACUACUGGGGGGAUCUCGUCAUCGAUCCUCCGGUCCAACAGCCCGACGUCUAUUUUCAUACAAGCUAAACUAUUUAUAUAUACGGACAAUGUUCCACUUCUAUCACGCGACGAGAGAACCUAGCAGCGUCACAACCAGACGUGUCGUACCGUAUCACCUCCUAUCGGAUCAAUCGGGGUCCUAAACAGGCAUCUAGAUUGCAUCGAAUCGUUUUCAUUCGAACAUUCUAUCCGGAGUGUAUUUCUGUACCCGAUUAUUAUGCCUUCUACCGCUAACGCGCUUUCGAAUUUUACGACCCCUCUUUCGACUUCUUUGACGUCAAAGCAACGCUCUUAAGACGAUAUCGUCUUUCAUCGGGUACCACCCGAGAACGAACCUGACAGGAUUCGAGAACUGCUUCGAAACUGAUUCGAAUAAAAUCGGUAAUACAACUGUAAACACUAAUACGUUAUUCAGACAUCGGCUUAAAAUCUUUAACUUUGAUCUAAAAUAGUACCUCUACGGCUUGCUUCGAGUUUUCUUUUACUCGGAAAAAAAGCAAACAAUUAAACUCUGGUAGAAUUAAUUAAUCCCAAGUUAUGAUGUUUACAUACAUCAUUAUUUUACCCUUAUAUUUUGUAUACAGACACCCAGCAUGGAAUCAAAAUAAAUCUAAAAUUAAAAGAAAAACGAGAA